AGUUUUGCUCUUCUGUAUUCACGUCAUCCCAGCUGAUGGAUUUUCAUUUAACAACUGCACGAUCCCUUACCCCUUCAGAUACUCUGCUAAUCCUAAGGUGCUGUGCAAUAGGAUGGGCUACAGACACGUUCCUAUACCCCUCCCCAACAACACCAUCCUUCUGGAUCUCUCUUUCAAUUCCAUCACCAGCGUUCUUCAAGGCGAUUUCAUCCGACUGUCAAAUCUGAUCAACCUAAAUCUAUCUGACAACAGGAUAUCUGAAAUACAAGGCAACGCGUUCAGUACCUUAGGAAAUUUGGAGGAGCUUAACCUCUCCAAUAACAAAUUAAAAACCGUAACGGUAAAUAUGCUUACUGGUCUCAUCAAUCUCUCUCGAUUAAGUCUCGACUCAAAUUGUAUUGAGACGAUAGAUAAUCGGUCUUUUGUAUCUCUUUUCAAUUUGAGAUUUGUCAAUUUGACUAAAAACAGGUUAGGUCACAUUUCCAGACUCGACGCUGUGUUUCGAGCACCGUAUUUGGAGGACCUAUAUUUGGGAAAAAACAACUUCACGGUUUUUGACUCGAGUGACGUCCCAUCAGCACUCCAUGCUUUGAAAAAGUUUGAUAUAUCUCGGAAUCCUUUGACGAUGAUUAAGAUAACGGAAAACAUCUUUCCUAGCCUUGAGUCUAUGGACUUGUCGAACUGUUUCGACAAAGGAUCUGUGGAGUGGGUCGUUUCAGACAAAGCAUUUCUUAACACCGUCAAGACUCUUAAUUUAAGUAAAAAUCAUAUUUCGCAGGAACAGCUGGGUAGUAUAAUGCAGAGUUUCUCCUCUGUUACCUGGAUGGGAUUAGAUCGUCUGAAUAGCUUGAAAGUACGGCGAACUUUACAGGAGGCUUGUUCUCCCCAACUGAGAGGUCUUCACUUUGAAGAAAACAGUUUGUCUGUACUUACUAAUGGCAUAUUUAGACCAUGUGCUUUCCUGAAUGAGUUACACCUAAGAAACAAUAAAAUAUCAACAAUGUACAGAUCAUCUUUUGAAAGUUUACAAAACCUGACAGUGUUACGCCUUCAAAAUAACAAACUGACGCAACUGAACCAAACUCUUCAACACCUUCCCAAGUUACAGUUACUCGAUCUUCAUCUAAAUGACUUUGAAACUCUCGACUGUCCUGAUUUUGCAAAUCUAACACAAUUACGGCAACUGUACCUGUAUAAGAACAGAAUUGUGACGAUCAAGGCAUGUCUAUUUAAGGAUUUAAAAAAUCUAGAUGAGCUUAUUAUGGACAGUAACAGGUUGAUAACAGUCAAUAAGGUCUUUACGUUUGGCCCCCAAAAUCUAAGGUACCUGGAUUUGAAGAGAAACAAGUUAAGUUUUAUCGAAAACAAUGCAUUCAAAGCGUUACGCUCCCUUCUUGUCUUAAACCUCGCAGAUAAUCAAAUAUUAGAGAUUCAACCACGUGGUUUCGCAGGAAUUAUGAAUUUAGUAGAGCUUUACCUUUCAUCAAACAAAUUCAACAAAAGAACAUUUAACCACUCAAUCUUUUCUAAUUUAGGCAAUCUACAGAAACUGGAUUUGAGCAGCAAUUAUUUAUCAUACGAGAGUCACGACGAGCUACCAAAACCACCGUUUGUUUCUUUAAGUAAACUGAAAUUGUUGCUUAUUAAUAGUCAGCGGCGAGGUUUACAGCACAUGCCUUCGAACUUUCUGAAAGGUCUGAAACAUUUACGAGCUUUUCUUUCUGGUAAUCUCAAUUUAGAAUCCUUGCAUUACGACACAUUUAGUCACACACCCAAUCUUAACAUCUUAGAUUUGUCUGGUAAUAAUUUUGCAGACAGAAACGCCCUAACAGCCAUGCUUUUUCAUCCAAUACCUGGACUGAGUAAACUUACACUGAGCCGAACUCAUCUUCAGACGUUGGACUUCUUAAUCGAAGCGAAUCUCAGCGGUCUUAUAACUCUACAGGCCGGAGUGAACGACCUACAGCUGAUAAACCAAACCGUGAUCCAGUCCCUUCAUCAGUUGAAGAUCCUCAAUCUGCAGAACAACAACUUCGCGUGUGAAUGUAGUAACGCUUGGUUCAUCGACUGGGCCAUCAGAAACAAAGACACUCAGGUGAUUUACCUGAACAAGUACAGAUGUCAUUACCCUCUUUCUUUGAGCGGUUCGACUCUGGACACUUUUGAUACGGAAUCUUGCAACGUCAAUUACGACUUCAUCUGCUUCAUUUGCAGCUCUUCUGUCACGAUUUUUACUCUGGUGGUUUCGUUCAUCUACCACUUUCUAAAAUGGCAGGUGGUCUUCGCGUAUUACCUCUUCUUAGCUUUCCUCAAUGACAGAAAGAGAAGGCAAAUCAAAAAUCAACCCGGCUUUCAAUUCGACGCCUUCAUUUCCUAUAAUGUUCGAGAAGAGCCCUGGGUUCUGGAGGAGCUCGUACCAAACCUGGAGGGUGAACACGGUCUGAAACUGUGUAUGCAUCACAGAGAUUUCCAGCCGGGCAAGCCCAUCAUCGACAACAUCGUAGACGGAAUAUACAACAGUCGCAAAACCGUUUGUCUGAUCACACAGAACUAUCUAAAAAGCGUUUGGUGCUCACAUGAGAUUCAGUUGGCCAGUUACAGGCUUUUUGAUGAAAAGAAAGACGUUUUGAUUUUAGUUUUCCUUGAGGAUAUUCCCAUACACCAACUUUCCCCAUAUUACAGAAUGCGGAAGCUGGUUAAGAAACGAACUUAUCUGCAAUGGCCCAAACCGGGAACCGAUACGAGACCCUUUUGGCAGAAACUUAAAAUGGCCAUAGAGACUAAAGAGACCAUGGAGGAAGAAACACAGAUCUUGUCUGGACAAGACAAAGGUCAUUUUUAAAGAUCAAAGCAUGAGAUGUUCUCACCACUAUAACAACAGUGAUGUCAA